AUACCGUACAAGGGAAUUAAACAAAACAAAACUCAUUUACUUUCGACGUCUGAUCGGUACAAGUUAACAGUGUAAUCAAACUGAUGGCAACAUUUUCAUGUACGAGAAAAUGAUGGAUAAACUUGUUAUUUUUUCCUUGGUAUUUGUUUUCAUACAUGCUCAGUUUGGAGACCAACCAUAUGGUGGUUUUCUAGGAUAUGGACGUGGAGGGUUUGGAAUGCCGAGAUUUCCAGUAGGACGACAGACAUUCGGUUACGGUCCAACGAGUCCCGGUCCUUCGCCAUAUCGGCCAUAUGAUGCCCGUGUUAGCCCAUUGCCAGACUUCAAAAGGUCCAUCACACCCAGCGUUCAACCGUGGUCCGGACAAGCACCUUCUGCGCCAAUACCUUCGUUGGGCACAAGAUCAUACAAUCCUUCCGGUGUAGGAACAGCCAGUCGUUUCCCAGGACCUUACCGCGAUUCCGGCAAAAGCGCCUACCGUCUGCCUUUGGUUGUCAGAAGGAAUUUCGAACCUAGUAGGCCAGCUUAUCAACCAACUACAAUCUCGCCGGUGACGAAACGUCCUGCACAACAAAUGUCAAGAGGAAUAUACGGUUCAAGCUAUGACAUGUACGAUAGAAUAGAUGACAGAUGGGACCGUAUUUCCGAUGCAGUCGAUAACAGAUUUGACAGAAUUAGUGACCGUAUUGACAAUCGAAUGGAUCGAGUAUCGGACCGAUGGGACCGAGUUUCGGACGCCGUUGACAACCGUCUUGACGGGUACUCGGACAGGUUAGAUAAGCGGUGGGAUCGAGCGAGCGAUACCUGGGACCGAGUGUCCGAUGUCGUCGACAAAAGAAUUGAUAGAUACUCAGAUCGUGUAGACAAUCGAAUGGAUCGAGUAAGUGACAGAUGGGAUACAGUUUCAGAUGUUGUAGACAAGAGAAUUGACCGUUAUUCGGAUCGAAUUGAUAACAGAAUGGAUCGAGUAAGUGACCGCUGGGAUACAGUUUCAGAUGUUGUAGACAAGAGAAUUGACCGUUAUUCGGAUCGAAUUGAUAACAGAAUGGAUCGAGUAAGUGACCGCUGGGAUACAGUUUCAGAUGUUGUAGACAAGAGAAUUGACCGUUAUUCGGAUCGAAUUGAUAACAGAAUGGAUCGAGUAAGUGAUAGAUGGGACUCGGUAAGCGAUCGGGUAGAUUCGCGUUUAGAUAACAUAAGCGAUCGAGUCGACAAUCGGUACGAUUACUUGAGUGACAGAAUAGACAAGCGGUAUGAUUAUCGAAGCGAUAGGGUCGAUAGUGCAUAUGAUUACUUGAGCGAUCGAGCCGACAGACAAUAUGAUUAUUUGAGCGAUCGAGCGGGUAGUCGUAACGGUUAUACGAGUGACAGGAUGGACAGUGCAUAUGACUUUCUUGGUGACAUGGCGGAUAGCCGAUACGACUAUCUAAGCGACAGAGCCGAUAGAAGAUACGGUUAUGACAGUGCAACCAAGGGUGUUCGAGCUAACGCAUACGACAAAGCACUAUCAAGAGGAUACUACAAAUAUGCUUAUUAAAUGUAGUUGUUAAUUUUUUAUAUCUGUUUUAGUUUAAUGUUGAAAAUAGUCCCUCUUUAUGUGUCAAGUGAGACUGAAAAUAACAAUGUGAAAAAGGCGUUUCUCAAGUCAAAACGCCAUUAAUCGUUCGCAAAAUUUAUAACAAUAUCAUGGAAGCAUUUCGCGUGACAAAUGAUUCUUAAUGAUGGAGCUCCUUGAAUGAAACAUUGCCAAUUGACUUUUAUAUACAAAAAAUAACAAAUUCACUGUGUUAAUGAACAAAAUGCUUGAACCCACAUGGAUGAAACAAACAUAUAUUAUUACAGAUAUUAGAACAACAGUGCAGCAACCAAUUAUUCAUUGAACUUGUUUAAAGAGACAAUUAUCAAAGCCUCGUAGACAAUGGCAUGUUGUCACAAGGCAACGUUAAGAAAAUAAUACUUAGUUGUAUCGCCUUUGAACGGUCGUUGAAAAAUGAGUUUACUAGAGGAGCAACACUUGUCAAUAUACUUAUUGAAACAUGAGCGAAACGAAACUUGAAAAGCCUCGUCGGAGCCAGUUUCAUCUUGAAGACAAUACAUCACACAGUAAACAUAACGAACAAAUUCUACGAACUAUUUGAUAUAAUAUGGCUUAAAGCAUUUUUUUUUCAUUUUAGUUAUCUGAUUGUCGAAGUUUGUCGAUAAAUUGUCAAUAAAUCAAAUGAUCAUUUUGUGAUAGUGCUAGCUAGCUAUUCGUGACACUAAAAAUAAGACCUACCAUAAGCUGGCUAUGAAACAUUAUAUCGAAAACAACGCAUGCUAUGUGUUUCAUCUCGCUAAAGAUGCUAUUGCUUAUUGCCAGUGAAUCCAAGUUUAUGCUAGUUGUAUUGCUAGAGUAGUCCGUGUUAGAGCUGAAAAUCUACAGAAAAUAGCCAAUUGAAUGGCUGACAAAUGAUAACGUGAAAAUAAAUUAAACUUAUUAAAAUCACUUGUAAAAAAUG